AUGCAGACAAUCAACAUUCCCCCUGGCUUCCCCUUAGAGCUUCAAAGAAUGAUCGCUGCCCAGGCAGAUGAAGAAGAUAUCCCUACCCAGCGCCUAGUCCAUUCUCUCUGGUCUCGUGCUACCCUCCCGAGAUUUCUGUCGUCCUUUGGUCGUGUAGCCUUCUUAUACACGAGGUCCGGCAUGGAAAACAUGAUGAGAGCUUGUCAGCACCCCAUUUAUGGUCCUAGAAUUCAUACCCUGGUUCUCGUAGUAGACUGCAAGCGCCGCAACGCCACACAGUACCAGCAGCUCUACAACCAGGCUCUAUUCGCACUUGCAGCGCAUGGUCAACCAGUAUGCCUGGGUAUCCGCUGGCGCCCAACUCCUCUGGGUGAAGAAGUCCCCCCUGAGUUAGCCUCGGGUCGUUUAGUUACGUUGUUGAACAACAAGAUACUUCCUGCCGCACGUGCCGCUGGCCUAACGAGAGAUGACCUAUUGAUUGAGCUCCCCGACCCUCAAUUCCUCUCCAAUCAGCCCAAUACCUACGACAGCCUGAUCCGAUGGCUAUACCGCCGUUGGUCUACUUAUGCACAGGUGGGCGGAUCGUGCAGAACCACCAUCCGCUUCGACAACUCGAUCACUCGCUUCUCCCGCCCUCCCUCACUCGAGUUUUCGCGCCGCCCUGACACGAUUGAGUGUCACGGUAUGCUGUCGCGUCACUUCGACGCCUUCUAUCACCUCUUCGAAGGCUCAAACACGGAGCUGGCUCUCUACAACUGCCGCAUCCCAGAGACCUUCUUCCGCGCAACCAACCAUCACUUCACCUCUAUCAUUAUGGAGGGAGUGAGCGUCUACAUGAGCAGCCUAUUCGAGCCCCUGCUCGCCACUCACCCUGGUCUGAGCCAUCUGAGGCUCAAAAACCUCUACGAAGGUGAAGCCACCUGGCUCAGUGACGGCUCUCACCUCUUUGAUGUGAGAGGCGCUCACAAGCUGGGUGUAGCUCUCACUCGGCUUUUGGAAGGCUACCGGGGCUGGGAGAUUGUUUACUGGACCUGUGGUGAUGAGGCAGUGAAGGCAAGGAUGCUGGCAAAGUGGGGAGGCACCAACUUGGGUAGUGGCUUGUUGGGCAGCCCUGACUUUUUGGGCUGA